AGAUUUUUCUACCAAAUAGUUUAAUUAAGAAAAUAAUCAAAGCAAAUUAAGGUAAGAUAGUUAUAAUUUUGUUUCAGUGGUAAAAAAAAAAAAAAAUGAGAGAGAGAGGUAGAGAGAGAGAGAGAGGAGCAGGAGGAGGACAGAGAACACGGGCAACAUGGACAACAUGGAAUCGGAAGGAUGCAUCAUCCAGAGGAGGAAGCCAACGGAGAGGCCAGGAAGAAAUCAAUCAGUAUCAGGGGGAACAAGGGCAUCAAAAGAACAGCAGGACACAAAAGUGGGGAUUCUAUGAUAAGGGGCUGUAUAAACAAGCCAUCCCUUAUUUCUUCACAAAUUUUCCUGAAGAGUGGAGCUAUGCAGAUAUGUGGAGAACAUUCCUAAAAUUUGGACGGGUAUAUGAUAUAUACAGUCCAAACAGGAAAAGCAGGAGCGGGGCAAGAUUUGGGUUUGUCAGGUUUCUCAAUGUGCAUGACAAAAGAGAACUAGAGAGACAGCUUGACCAGAUAUGGAUUGGAGACUGGAAACUUUGGGUCAACUUUCCAAGGUACGAUGAUGUGAAGAAGGAAGAAAAGAAGGAAGGAAAAGGGCAAGGAUCAAUUCCGAAGUAUCAGAGCAGGAGCUAUGCAGAAGUAUUAAGAGGAAAUGGAGUUGGAAAUGCGGAAGGAGUGAGCAAGGGGCAGUACAGAACAGAGCUGUUGGAAAGAGGUGAGAACAGGAAAAUAGAAGGUGUUGGAACAGCAGAAAACAGAAAAGUAUGGAAAGAGAAAGGAAAAGGAGCAAACUGGACUGGAAUGGAAUACAAUAUUAAAGAAGAAGAAUUUGCAUGGCUUGAGGGUUGCUAUGUGGGGACAGUUCACUCAGUAGAAAUGGUCAGAAAUUUGCAAGAGAAAUUCUACAUGGAGGGGUAUUUCUAUUGUAGAGUUCGUGCAAUGGGGGGCAAGAUGGUUUUGCUGGAUUGUGAAGAAAAAGAAGAGUUAAGGGAUCUAGUAGAAAUGGCUGCUGAAUGGCUUGCACAAUGGUUUAGUGAAAUCAAACCGUGGACACCAGAAUUGGUUGCUAAGGAAAGGUUUGUGUGGAUCAAGUGUCAUGGGGCACCCCUAAAUGCUUGGAGGAGUGAUUUCUUUGAAAAAAUGGGAAGCACUUGGGGGAAAUUCAUCUGCUUAGAUGACAGCACAAGCAACAAAAGAAGAUUUGACGUAGCCAGAUUCUUGAUCUCAACCCAUAUUAUGGACUCAAUCUCAGUCACACGCCAAAUUAAAAUUAAUGGCGUCCUUUACAAUGUUAAAUUUAAAGAGGAAGAAUUUACCAACAAUUUCUUCUCUUUAAAACAAGAUUUCUUGCCAUCAUUCCACAGUGGGUCGGAGGAAAAUGAAUCCUGGUCAUGGGAUACAGACAUGGACAGCAUGGAAAACGGAUGCAGAAAAACCAAAGAGCCGGCUGUAGAACUCAACUCAGAUGCAGAGGAGGAAGAUGAUGAGGUGGCGGGUCAUAGGGGUAUUAACGGAAAUAAGCAUCAGGCACAAGAAGAGGAGGCUGCAGACAGCAUGGAGAAAUUUCAAAAUUCAAACAAAGGAGCAGGUAGUGUAGACCGGCUGGAAGAGACGCAGGGACAUGGGGAACGAACAGCAUCGUCAGUGCAUAGGGAACGGGCAAUUUCAGCAGAAAAAUGGGAAAAAGAAGGGGUAGAAAUGGGUCUGGAAAAGCAGGACAUAAAGAGGACAAAAAAAGGGCCCAAACCGUCAAAAACAAGGAGUGUGGAUGAGGAAUCAACUGCCUUGAGCUCGGCCCAGUCGGUAUCAAGCCCAAUAGGACCCAACAGAAAUGAAUGUUCUAGAAUUGAAGAAACAGAGCAUGAAAUUACAGAGGAGGAAGAUAUUGACCUGUUCUGGAAAGGAUUUGAAAGUGAGGAGGGCCGACUGAAGCAGUGGAUGGGUCGAAGGGCAGAUCUGAACCGGACGGGGAAGAAGAAAAAGAAGAAGACUCGUUCUUGUAGAUCAAUUUACUCCAUAGACCAGGUAGAAUCUCUUGCUGGUGCGGAGGAUCAAAGUGUGAAGAAUCAAGGAAAGAAGCGGACAACUGAGUUGGGGAAGAAGACGAUGCCGGCGUUAAGUACAUCUUCCGGCAGUAGAGCGGCUGGGAUUUCAAUAGGUGACACAGAGAUCAGGAAUUGCAACAAAUUAGCCGAGAGAAAGAGACAAGACCAGCAACCGGCAGAUUUAUGGGAUUUUGCAAAGAAGCUUGGGGUAGUGGCUAUGGACGAACAACAAAUUAAGAAAAGAAUUGAAGAAAUGGAGAAAAGAGAUAAAGAGGAGAAAGCAAGCAUGUUGCAGCCGGAGGAAGCUAGCACGAAGAAGGCAGCUAAUGGAUUGGCAGGAGGAUUGCUCUGUAUAUGGAACUCAAAAGUGUUUAGAAAAAUUGAAGUGAUAGAAGGGGACAAUUACUUGGGGGUAUGCGGGUUAUGGGGUGAGGAUGACACUGAGGUGUACAUAAUAAAUAUAUAUUCUCCAUGUCAGUUGGCAGGCAAAAGGGCAUUAUGGGAGGAUUUACAGAAACUAAUCAUCAACAAGGGGGGUAAGUGGUGCUUGGCAGGAGAUUUUAAUGCAGUGAGAAAAAUAGAAGAAAGAGCAGGAAGCAGGGAAGUUACCAGAGAAAUGAAAGAAUUUGAUGAAUUUAUUCAGAAUACAGGGCUUAUUGAUUUACCUCUGGUGGGGAGGAGGUAUACAUGGUAUAAUUCUAAUGGGAAAUACAUGAGCAGAAUUGAUAGAUUUUUGUUGACAGAGGAGUGGAUUCUGAAGUGGUGUGAUAUGAAACAAUGGGGUCUUAAUAGAUUCGUAUCGGAUCAUUGUCCCAUUUUACUAAAAAAUGAGAAGAUGGAUUGGGGACCAAAACCAUUCAAAUUUUUUGAUGCUUGGCUUGACCAACCGGGGUGCAAGGAGAUUAUCAGGGAAGUGUGGAAGUCUACCAUAGUUAGGGGAUGGAAAGGGUACAUACUAAAGGAGAAGCUGAAGAGAACAAAGAAAGAGCUGAAGGAGUGGAGUAGAAACUCUGUGCUAGAAGUGGAUAAGAAGUUAAUGGAAGCUGAAAAGGGGAUUGCCAUAAUAGAUGAAAGAGGAGAGAAUUGUCAACUAUCAACACAAGAAAUUGAUCAAAGGAGAAAUUGCUUCAUAGAGUUGUGGAAGAACUUAAAAAUCAAAGAAAGCAUGUGGCAACAAAAAUCCAGAAGAAUGUGGUUAAAAGAAGGGGACGCGAACACAAAGUAUUUCCAUAGAUGUGCGAAAGGAAGAUGGAGAAGGAAUGAAAUACUUUGUAUUCGCAUCAAAGGCGUCCAGCAUACAGGGGUGGCAGAAAUAAAGAAUGAGGUGGCAAAAUACUUUGAGGAGUUAUUCACAGAAGAGAAAUGGGAGAGACCAAAGCUAGAUGGCGUUGGUUUCAAGAGGAUAUCUGAAGCAGAUAAUGACAUCCUCAUUGCAGCUUUUUCUGAAAAGGAAAUUAAGGAAGCAGUGUGGGAAUGUGAAUCUUCAAAGUCUCCAGGCCCAGAUGGUUUUAACUUCAAAUUCGUAAAAGUCAUGUGGGAAGACAUUAAAUCAGAUGUUGUGGAGUUUGUGCAGGAGUUUCAUGAGCAUGGCAAGAUAGCUAAAGGUUCAAACGCUUCUUUCAUAGUCUUGAUCCCCAAAGUGGAAAACCCCCAAAAAAUUGAAGAGUACAGACCCAUAUCACUCAUUGGUGUCAUGUACAAGAUCUUAGCUAAGCUUCUUGCAAACCGUCUGCGGAGGGUGAUUGAUAAGGUGAUCGGGGAGCAACAAAUGGCUUUCCUCAGGGGCAGACAACUAGCAGAAGGGGCUGUGAUAGCAAAUGAGGUGAUUGAUGAGGCAAAGAGAAAGAAGAAGAAAUCCUUCAUUUUUAAAGUUGAUUUUGAAAAGGCGUACGAUAAGGGGAGGGGAAUAGGAUCACUAUGGUGGAGGGAUGUGGGCUGUCUCAACAAUGUAGAUGAAGAGAAAGAAGGAUGGCUAACAGAGGGUUUUAAGUUAAUACUAGGAGAAGGGAAAGGAGUGAGCUUCUGGAGAGAUAAUUGGGGUGGGGAGGGAGAUCUUGCUAAUCUUUUUCCAAGAUUGUAUAAUUUGUCAACAGGAAAGGAGAAAAAAUGUUGUCAAAUGGGCAAUGAGGAAGAUGGAACAUGGAGGUGGAAUCUAGAGUGGAGGAGAGCCUUAUUUGACUGGGAAAGAGAAGAAGCAACAGAACUACAACGAAAGAUUGAUAGCAUGCGGAUAUACAAGGACAUCCCCGACACAUGGAAGUGGGAGCAUAGCAAGGAAGGCAUCUACUCAACUCAAACAGCUUACAAAUUGUUGACAAACGAACUUAGUGGACUGGAUGCAGCUCCAAUACACAAGAGAGUGUGGAACCCAAUCAUCCCAAGCAAAAUUUCUGCUUUUAAUUGGCAGCUACUGCAGGAUAGAAUACCAACAAAGAGCAACCUGCAAAGAAGAGGAAUAACCACUGAAUUGGAAGAUGGAAUCUGCGCUUUAUGCGAGGAGGAGGCCGAGGACUCGAAUCAUCUUUUCUUGAGGUGCAAGGUGGCAAAGUGGCUAUGGAAGGCUUGUGGAAAAUGGUGGGGAAUCUCAGUUAAUUUGGAAAAUGACUGCUGGAAAUCUUUUGAGCUGUUUGGGGUAUGGGCCAAAGAAACACGAGUAAAGGAAGGUUGGGAUUGUAUAUGGAACGUUGUGGUGUGGACCAUUUGGCUCGCAAGAAAUCAAAAGAUAUUCCGAGACUCCGACAUCAACAAAAGCGUCCUGGGUUCGACGCCUGGGUUCCGAACCCAGCGCCUGGGUUUGAGUCGAAUCCGCCUGGGUAUUUUUUGUUGUGUUUCUUUGUUGGCUUGCAUGCUUGAAUGGGAUUUAGAGUUUUGUAUUGCUUCUGAUUACUUGAAUUUUCAGAUCUAGUUGCUGUCAGUGUUGAUUGAAGGAAUGUUGUGUUUUCUUUACAGAUCUGGUAUACAUUUGUAGAGAAAUUGAUUUUUUGAAUCAGAUUUAUUGGGUAUUAUUAUUGUGCGAGGAACCAGAUUUGUGAUCGGAGCAAUGAAGGAUGACCGGAGUAAUGAGGGAUGACCGGAGUAACGAGGGGUUGCACGAUGGGGUAUUUAAGGAAUUUUAAAUUUUUUAAUAUAUAAAUUAAUUAAAAUGACGUGAACUAAAUUAUUUUCCACGUAAUUAAAGAUUUCAAACAAAA